AUGGGUAAAUCUCGUGGUUACAGAUCUGGUACUCGUUACGCUUUCCAACGUGACUUCAAGAAGCAUGGUGCUAUUGCCUUAUCUACAUACUUAAAGACCUACAAGGUCGGAGAUAUUGUUGAUAUCAAGGCCAACGGUUCUAUCCAAAAGGGUAUGCCACACAAGUUCUACCACGGUAAGACUGGUAUUGUCUACAACGUCACCAAGUCUGCUGUCGGUGUUAUUAUUAACAAGGUUGUUGGUAACAGAUACAUUGAAAAGAGAGUUAACUUGAGAGUUGAACACGUUAAGCACUCUGCUUGUCGUCAAGAAUUCUUAAACAGAGUUAAGUCUAACGCUGCUGCUAAGAAGGAAGCCAAGGAAAAGGGUGUUCAAGUUUCUUUAAAGAGACAACCAGCCAAGCCAAGAGGUUCCAGAAUUGUUACUACUGAAGGUAAUGUUCCUCAAACCUUAGCUCCAGUUGCUUACGAAACCUUCAUUUAA